GGUGCGUGAGCAGCUCCUGCCCAGGUGUGCGUCCGUGUGUGCCUGUGUGUGGGGGUAAAAAGGAAAGCACGCGAAAAAGGCUUCCGAAAAGAGAAAGUUUUCGGUUUAACUGUGGGUUCAAGGGUAUUUUAACUAUCUGAUGGGGCUUGAAUUGAAAACUGAAAUUUAUUAUUUAUCGAUCAACGGAACAGACUUUGGAAUGUUUUUUCGUCCUUUAGCUGAAGACAACCCGUCCAAAUAUCCUUAAACUUAUAUUUUCACUAUGGUUAGUAUACGUAAAUUAAAGUCGGUAUUAAACCCAACAGAAAUUCCAUAAUAGUCGUUUAGUUAUUAGAUAGAUAAUUAUAAUUAACGACUCAUAAAAAAACAUGUUUAAAUGUUUAACAGAGAAUAGCUAUUAAAUAUAGGUACUUUUGAGGUAUUCUUCAAUGCAUGAUGUUUUUAUUUUAAUAUAAUUUGUUGUUAAAAGGAAAAGUUUUCCUUCGUGCGCAAAGGUGUUACAGGUAGUUAAUGCCUUUUCCCACACCAGGAUAGGCCAUAAAACCUGUUGCCGCGGCCAUAAUUAAAGUUCAAACUCACGGCUGCCCAUUAAUGCCGAAAACAUAAUGCCCGGGCAUCAAUUAAAAAUGUAUAAUUGAAUGCAACAAUUACAACAAUUAACGGUGUCGUAUCGGCCGGGCCGAAAGAACUGCACGACCUCGACAUGCAAAAGCCGAAAGCCCCAAGCUGAGCUGCUCUCUAAGUGGAUGUUAACUUGGCCCACAAGAGAGCGAGAGCCAAGUGGCAGAGAGCGAGAGACUGGUCUUAACUGGGCUUUUACUGUUAGCCGGCGGGCCUCGCUGGCGAUCGCUGGAGCAGCUGACUUCAGUCUGCCGCUCGCUUGGCUAAGAGGCGGACGCACUUGCUCCACACUCAGCUCCUCCAGUCUCUCUCUCCUCAGCGGGAAACCCGUUCGCGACCGUCGCGCAUGCGCCGUGUCUUUCGUAUUUCGUAAUUGCGAUCGCGCCGUGUCCCAGUUUCUUGGCGUUCGCUUUUCAUUUCGUUGCGGUGGAAUCGCUCGACUCUCGACUCUGUUGGCCAACCAAAAAUGCCCAUGCCUCAAUGAGCGGUGGUGGCCCAAGCCGAAUAAUAAUAAUCCAAAGCAAGCGGCCAAGUGAUGUGCAAUCGACUCGAUCCGUCGCCAGGACUCAGUUUGGGAUUAAGACAGCAACGACAGCAUGAGAUCGCAUGUGGCCGUUUACAGGGCGCCAGAAACAGCUCCACCAUUACCACUGCCACCAUCCUCCAACUACACUCCCCUGCGAUACCAUCAGCAUCCGGUCAGCCAUUGGCCACUGGGAAACCAGCAACAGCAGCAGCAGCAGCAACAUCAGCCGGGUGCAGCUGCAACCUACAGACUGCAUCAUGGUCCGCCGUCUGCUCCACCGCCCAACUGGGCAGCAGCCCAAUCGGUAGCUUCUUCUGGCCAAUCGAACCAGAACGGUGGCUAUGGCGUGGUUAACCAGCAGCGGAUCAAUGAGUGCGCCGGCAUACCGCUCAUCUCGAACGCCUCCAGUCACCUGUCGCCCGCCCAGCGGCAGAGAUUGCUGAGGAAAUCCGCCCCAAAAACAUGCCCAACAUGGCCACCCGGAGGGGCCACCAUGUCCCAGAUGGCUGUGCAUGCGCAGGGCAUGCCACUGCUCCAGCAGAAUGCCAAGCAGCAUAUCCAGCAACAACAACAGCAGCAGCAGCUGCAGCACCACCAGCCACAUCAUCCGCACCAUCAUCAUCAACAUCCUGUGACGACCAACUGGAGUGCCUAUCAGCCGAUGAGCAGUCAGGCCGGCUUCAAGUUGGCGGACAAAUCACGAGCCCUUCGCUACCAGAACUCUGCACCACCGGUGCUCAGCAGCCAGGAGAAGCAGACAGCCGUCAAUAAUGCCUCCAGCCAGGAUCAGGCCACUUCACCAGCGGCGGAGACCUGUCUGCCGAGGAUCAUUAAGCCGAGAAAGCGACGCAAAAAGGAUCGCAAGCCAGGCAACGGUGUCCUCCUCAAAAUGGAGUCCGAUAUGCCGACCAAGUUGACCAAUCUGGGAGAGGGUUACGCCGCAGGAGGAUCUUAUCACCUGCCAACCGGAAUACUGCAGCAUGAUCAUACGCACGGGGUGUGCUUCUGCCGGGAAUGUGACCCACUGCGUUCUCUGUGGGAUUACCCACUGCGGCGAUCGCUUUCCGAUGCCUCCUCCAGCGAACAGGGAGGUGGAAGUAGGGAGUCCUCCUCUUCCACAUCGUCCACGCACUCGGACAGCUCCUGCAAUAGCUCAAUCUGCAGCCAGAGCCUGCCUAGCUCAUCGGCUCUGCAGGAGGAGGCCAACGAGGAGUUUGCUCCCAUCACCGGCGACAGCAGUCGGGCGGAAAUAGUGGGUGUAAUCGGAUCCCAGCGGAGUCAUCCGAGUGCAGUGACCACACCCUCGCAAUGCCUGAGCGAUGAUUCCGGCUACGGAGAUAUCCUGAGUGGGAUCAACAUAGCCAACGAUCUGUUUGGCAAUUGCUUCAGAGGCGGAAAACUGGGCCACGCCUCCUCCUCGAUUUCCGCCCAGGCGGAGACGCUGCUGGAUGAGAGCCUGAAUGAGAUAUCGCGCAAGCUGAUCGAGACCUGCAAUGCUGCGGAUCAGGCCGGAUCGGGAUUGGGAUCGGGAUCGGGAGCAGCCAGCGACAGUGGAUUGGAUAGCGCUGGCAGCCACAACUGCGGAUCGGGCCUCGUCUUUAACUUUGAGCAUUUGAAUCUGACGGAUGCGACGCCCACAGCCUUGGAUUUUCUCGUGGAUUGCAACAACAAUAGCAGCGGCCUAAGCCAUGGCAAUAGCUUGGGCUUAAUGUGGCGCGCGGGAAGGCAGCCAACUGGUGGAGGUGGAGGUGGAGGUGGCUGCCACGAUGACAGCCAAGUGGCAGCUGCCAAACUGGGCCCAGACAGCCGGGCCACACCCACCAGGCUGAUACUGGGCACGGUGGGUAAGCUGAAGCCAGCGUUUUCCACCAUCUCGUGACGACGACGACGACGACGCCCGUGGAAAACUAAUCAAAAUGAAAAUCAAAAUCAGGGUGCCUCAUUUUGCGACGAUUUGGAGAAACGUGAGACGACGACCAGAUAACGACGAUGGGAUGGCGUGGGCGAUUUCCAUUUUGGAUUGGGGAAAUGUAAAUGUUAAAUCUCCCGAAAGCGUUUUUUUGAGUUUCUACCCAACCCCAAGUUGCGCAACUCCAGCGAAGACAGUGAUGAAAGAAGAAAACCCAUUAAAUGGAUAUAACGCACAUGUGAGACGAUCAUCACAUCAUCAUCAUCAUUAUGAUUGUGAUCGUGAUUGGAGCGAAAAACAAAAGGCCAACGAGUUGACCAAAUGGGCGCUGUUGGAUACGAGAUCCCCGGCUAAAUGGAAACUUAUGAAGACAGACCGGGGGACUGGAUACCUUGUACAUACCACAUACACACAGUGCGACUAUCCGAACCCGAAUCCGAAUCCGACUUCCACUUCAACUUCAACUUUCACUUUCACUGCGACGGCGGUGGCAGCGUUUUGUUUAUCUGUAUUUUUUAAGACAUUUUUCUUUUCUUUUUCUUUUUGCCAAGACCACAGAUGACGGAGCUGCGGGUGGGGGUUACGGGAAGAGUGCGAACUCUUAUGCAGAUUUUGUGGCGCAAAAAGAAGAAGAAAUUGUAGAAAUCGUGUAGAUUAUACGAUGUGAACCCUAGAGAUACUUUAACUAUACCCCAUAUCUGUAUAUCUUAUACCCUAUACAUACCAUUAAUUGUUGUUGUUAUUUGUGCAUUAACGUUAUCCACAUCUCAUAGGGCCUCUAAAAACCUGUCAAAUCGUACUAUCCAAGAUCUGGGAUUUAUAUAGGGGGCUACCGUGUGUGUGUUAAUUUUUAUGUUUGAGCUUAAGCAACGUUCCUACAUGUUAGAUGUGUAUCUUUUUAUAUAGUUUUUGGGUUCUAUUUUUAUGUUAUCUGAUUAGUGGGUUUUCGGUUUUUACUUAGUCCGUAAUGCGCUACAACGUGAACUUUUAUAGUUGAUAAGAUUCGGUUAAUGCUUAGGUUAUCCUUAGAUUGGGGAACACAAACAGACAGGAUCUCUAAUGGUAAUAAGCGAAGUUCUAUUGAAAGCUUAGUUAUACGUGCAAUGCGUUUGAAAAUGUUAGGGUAGUUAAGAUAAAUUAAAAAAUUUUUAAUUUUGAUUUUUCUUAAAUUUCGAAAGAAGUUUUAUUACAAACGCCUUACAAUUUUGAAACGCAUUGUGGCCGGAGAACUGAAAACAUUCUUUCCAAUUGAAUAUUUAUAAAUUUAAAGUGAGAGUUUCAUAAAGAUUCUAAGACGCUCACAUUCAGCUUACUCAUGGCCGAUCGGUAUCAUAUCAUGUUAUAUCUUCGAAUUAAGACUCACAUUUCCGACUUUUCUGCAAUUUGCGGCCCAUGAAACAGCCGAAAGAAGAUCUGGGUGCACAAUUAAUUCCAACUGAGAUCGCCAAGCAUAAAAUCUAAAUCUGAAAAUCGAGAGCAGCCCUAGUUACCUGCUUAGCUGUUUGUAGUUGGCGGUGGCGAGUAAAAGUUUUCGCCUAUUUCUUUUUUUUUUUUUAAUUAAAAGAAACUCACGAACGCGCAGCGCGCACAGAAAUUGCUUGAAGUUUUCCGCUCCAGCUCGACUUGACUUGGCUUUUCUUGAAUUAACUUGGCUCGAAUCGUGUUCGGCUGAGAGGAGUCGUCUCAGCAUCGCGCGCCGCUGGAAAAUGUCACAGAUUUUCCAUUGGCAGGUUCCGGGCAGACGGUUUGUGUUACCAUUCCCCAGAUAUAGAAAUUACCACUCGAAGCUAAUUUAUUUAAUUAAUUAUAUUUUCACUAGCUCGUAUUGUUGUGCUCCCACUCUCGUAUUAUUGUAGUGUUUUGUUCGUUGGUAAGCAUCGUUUUUGCACAAAUAACAAUCCUAUAGUUAACCCAUCAAUACACCACAUUUGUAACCCAAACACACCAAACAAUAUGGCCAACUUAUUUAUUUUGAUUAAGCCCGAACGAGAACUCAAUAAAAAGUGUAAACAAAAAUGUCAAACAAAAAGAACUCGAUUGCUGUUUUGAUAGCCCCGAAAAAAUGGGUGUUGAAAUAACAAAUAAGGUAAA